CCCUGUGUGAAUGUUAUUAUAAUAAUAAUGAUGAUAAUAGUAUUAUUUUUCCUAUAGAAUGAUAUUUGCCUUCAAAAAAGUCUGACCAAUCAGGAUGGAGAUGAUGAUAAGAAGAUGAUGUAGACAGAGGUAAAAACGGAGGAUAACUGGACGCAGACAGAGAGAAGAUGAAACGCAAGACCUGUUGAUGUAAAAAAGUCAAGACCAUUGGUUUGUAAUGUACAGAGAGAGGUUAACUUUACUACACUUUUUUACUAGUCAAUUAUUUGGAAUCAAGAGUUAAUUUUAAUUACAUCAACAUCAAGAUCAUCAUCAUCUUCCAAAAGUUCAUUUUUCUUUUCAUCUUCAAUUGGAUUCCCCGUGAAGUGACUAUUUCAAUAAGCUAGACCUUUUUUUACCCAACAUCAUAAUUACCCCGAAAUCAAUCUUCAAUUCUUCAUCUCUACUACCCUGUGGAACCAUAAUCAAUUAGCAUACAAAAUUGUUGGACAGCUCAAAAGUUAUAUUAAGUCAUUUCAACGAUUAACCAUCAAUCUGAACCAUGAGCUUAACAAUAGGAGCUCAUCCGAAGUACAGUUCCACCUCUAAUAACAUCAACAACUCGGAGAUGCUGGUCAGUGAUGAAAGUAAAAAACAUAACCACAGUGAAAUUGAGAAACGCCGAAGGGACAAGAUGAAUCAUUAUAUCACCGAAUUGUCGUGUUUAAUUCCAAUGUGCAAUGCUAUGUCACGUAAACUGGAUAAAUUGACUGUCCUCAGAAUGGCAGUUCAACACAUGAAAACAAUCAAGGGUUCCAUGAAUGCUUUUGCUGGAAGCGGCAAAAUAAGGCCAACUUUUCUCUCUGAUGAAGCUCUACUUAAACUAAUAUCGCAACAGAUAUCAGAGGGAUUUUUAUUUGUUGUAAGUUGUGAUAGAGGAAGGAUUUUAUUUGUUUCUGGUUCAGUUUCACAGGUUCUCAACUAUUCUCAGGGUGAUCUUUUAGGUCAAAACUGGUUCGAUAUAUUGCACCCUAAAGACGUGGCAAAAGUCAAGGAACAACUGUCUUCAUCUGACCUUUCACCCAAAGAAAGGUUGAUUGAUGCCAAAACCAUGUUACCAGUUAAAUCAACGGCAUCUCCAUCAAGUCAAGUAAAUAUGUCACCAGGAGCUAGAAGAUCAUUUUUUUGCCGAAUGAAGUUUAAAUCGAUGCCCAGAGUGAAGGAAGAAGCCGAUACAACAACGGGUUACGCACAAAAGAGACGCAAAUCGCAAUCAUCUGAUAGGAAAUAUUGUGUUGUUCAUUGUAUUGGAUAUCUUAAAUCAUGGAUUUCAACAAAAAUGUCUGUCACCGAGGAAUCUGAAAAUGAAUCGGACAUUUACAAUAUGAGUUGUUUAGUAGCCAUUGGACGAACCUUGCCAAACCUAUGUGGACCCACUCCUCAUCAACCCGAUAUUUCAAUAAAACCUAUCAGCUUCACUUCUAGACACACAAUUGAUGGUAAAUUUUUGUUUGUUGACCAAAGGGCAACACUUAUUUUAGGCUACCUUCCUCAAGAGCUAUUAGGAACUUGUUGUUAUGAAUACUGUCAUCAUGAAGAUCUGAAAAUUCUUGCUGAAAGUCAUCGUCUUGGCUUGGAAGCUUCAGGAGAAAACUCAAAAUCAGCUGGAUAUCGAUUCAAAACCAAGUCAGGGCCGUACAUUUGUCUUCAAACAACUUGGAAAACAUUCCGAAAUCCUUGGACCAAAGAGUUUGAAUUUUUAAUAGCUGUUAAUACCUGUGUAUCUGAUAUUGAUAAAGUUGAAAGCUCAGUUAAUGUUGAAAAUAGCAACAAUAAUAACAAUAACUAUGUGACUGCCAGUUGGAAGACAUCGAGUACAGUUGAUGAUAUACUUUUCCGAAUAAGUGAUUCCUGUAAAAAUCGAGCUCACAAGUCAAAUGGAAACAGCAAUUCAAGUAAUACUGGCACAAAUAAUACAACCAAUGGUAAUAAUUUAGGUGUUGGUAACGGAGGUGCUUCAUCAAAUGAACAAUCUUCCACUGGUUAUUCAUCGACAGACACUCGAAGUGUACAAAAGAUGCUGGCUUCGUCAAGAGUUGCUCUUUGGAAGAUUGGUCGAUACAUUGCAGAUGAAGUAAUCGAGAAUCAACGGCGUUAUGAAGAGUCCAAUUUUUUACUAACAGCUUCACCAUAUUCAUCAUCAACAAUACCCAUUACAAAUACAUUUGUCACUACAGACAGUGAAUUUGAUAAAUUGAAAAAAUGGAGGCCUGAUAAUGUAGCAAGAGGUUUAAUCGCAUCACAAAUAAAGUCUUCAGGACUUAUUCAGUUAGACAAUCUCCAUUCUCAACAGCAACAGCAAUCGCAACUUGGACCAAGCAAUCCAACAACUAGUGUUAAUGCUAAUAACAGUCUUAACAGUAAUUGUAAUAACAAUAACAACAAUGUUGUUACUAAUAAUGUAAAUAAAAAUGAGAUAAACAGUAGUUCUAGUGGAAAUGAUAGCAAUAUUUGGUUAGAUUCUGGUUCUUUAGCAACUCUGGCUGGACCUUCUGCGGUUGAAAGUGAUUUAAGUUUAACUGUAUCAGAUAAUGAAGGAGUGACCAGUAUAUCCAGUAUAUCUACCGGUAAUUGUACAAUGGAAACAGAUACAAGCUCAUAUGGAACAAAUGGUGUUGAUACGAAAAGCUCAUAUAGACAUGAAAAUAAUUAUGAUCCAUUAGGUGUUGGUGGAAGAACCACUAAUUCUGGUAGCUCUCUUCCCAAUGGAAUCAAUGUGAAUAGUGUUGACCCAACGACAAAUGAUUCAACAACAAAUGCAACUCAAAAUUGGCAAAAUUCAAAUUGUUUAACCAGUUUAACCUGCAUUAGUGGAGACGAUUUUUACCGUACUUCAGAUGCUAGCCUACCAAUAUUACCAGAAAGUUCAAAUGAAACGGAUGAUAAUUCUCACAUAUUAACGCGAGGGCACACGGCUGAUGAUCAAGAAAAUGAAGAUGUCGCUAUGGAUUUAAUAAUGUCAAUUCUUGAAAAUGAAGAGAGAAAUAGAGACCCAAAUGACCCUCCUGUUCCUUGGUACCUUGAACCUCAUUUUUCCCACCUCAAAGAGUGAAAUGUGUUUUGUAAGCUUAUCAUCAUCCUAACCCCAAUCAGAUUUAUUUAUUAUUUUACUGAUAAAUUGGUAAAGUUGCAGGUUAAGAGUUGAAUUUAUUGUAUUUACUGUAAAUCAUAUUUUUGGAUUGUUUCAAUGAGAUAUUAGACCUUAGACAAACACUAGUUUAUUGGUCAAAAUCAGUAUCAUUUUUGAAUUCAUCAUUGAUUAUAUCAUUAUUGUUAACAGGUACUUAAUUAUCCUAAGCAAACUGUAAAAUUAAAUCUGAAUCACAAUGAAAAGAUAAAUGGAAAAAUGAAUACCAAUAUCUCCAUAAAUCAAUCUCUCAAUAAAUUGUUAAUAAAGUGGCGAAAAAAGUACAAUGUUAUAAUCAAAUCAAUUCAAUAAUUCGUAAAUAACUUACUUUCAUUAAUUCAGAUCAUGGCAAUCUUUACUUUGAACUAUUCAGAAUAUUGAUUGCCAAUAAAAAUGAUAAAGAAAGGUCAACAACGUCGGCUUACACCAUUGCUGCCUCAAUGUAAAUAAUGUUCAUUAAAUGUAUCUUGUGGUUCAUUUCAAAAAAGAAAGACAAACAUACCUUUUAUUGUUGGUAAAA